CAAACACCACAAAAACAAAAGAAAAAUGGCCAUCCCCUAGCUAGGUGAAGAAGAAUGAAAACCUCUAAUUUAUCUAGAGGUUAUUCAUCUUUUAGGGGAUGGCCUAAAUACAAAAUGAAAACUCUCUAGUUAAGUGGUUUUGUGUUCAUGUAAGGAAAGCGUUUUAAGAUAUGGAGCAAUGAAGACUGCAGAAGGCUGAUUCAGACUGCGAGUUUUGUUUAUCUCCCUCUAGAAAUUGGGCAACUUCUAUCCUUUGGCAAGCUUCGGUUCCCCUCGGAAUCAGCAGAUUAUGUAUCUUUAAUUUUGUAAUACUCUCUCUCUUCUCUAUGCUUUGUUUUUCUUCAUUAUGUUUGGGUUGUACCCACUCCCGCGCGUUGUGUGUUCUUUGUGUGAGGAAUAAAAAAAUAUUCGGAUUUGAGAACUAAAACUAGAGUAGUUUUAUUGAUAUUCUUGUUUUUCAUUUAGUAUCUAAUAAGUUUGGAGAAUAGUCAGACCAGUGCAUGUAAAUUUGCUUCCGAUUCUCUUUAUAGUGAAUUCCUCUU